AUGAUGGCGGCAGCGCUUGAUCAACCUCCUUUCGCUUCCCUCGCCGGUAGUCGUCCGAACGAUGCCGCCUCCAUAACACCUCCGCACAGCGCGAACGGCAAGAAAGAGGUCCCAGACGGUGUUCCCUCCGAGCUGUCAGACCUCGAGUUGGAUUCUGGUGCCUCUGCCGUCAAAUUUGAGGACUCGGUUGAAGGAGAAGACGACGUGAUUGAGCCUGACCAUUACUAUGGCGGCGGCAAGAUUCCUGUCUUCAAGCCGACGAUGGAACAGUUUCGUGAUUUCCAGUCGUUCAUCGGAAAAGUCGACCAAUACGGCAUGCGGUCGGGUAUAGUCAAGGUUAUUCCUCCCAAGGAAUGGCUUGAUGCUCAACCGCCCUUGGACGAAGCCGUCAAGAAAAUCCGUGUGAAAAAUCCGAUCAUGCAAGAAUUCCACGGCUCUCACGGCACUUAUACUCAGGCAAAUAUCGAACGACAACGGACAUACAAUCUUCCUCAAUGGAAAGCCUUGUGCGAGGAGAGCAGUCAUCAGCCGCCUGCACGGCGAGGCGAGAGACGUCGGAAUCAGGAACGAGUCACACGUACCCCUGCGGCUCCCAAGCCUCAGACCACCGGGUCAAGUUCGCAAAAGCGUGGACCCGGUCGGCCACCAAAGCGAGCCAACCAGGUGAAAGUGAAGGAAGAGCCGCCUGCGGACGAUGUCCUCGAAAAAACGAAACCGGAAGGUCCUCCAACACCCGUAUCACCCGAGUCUAAUCCAGUCGAGACGAAGUCAGAGGAAUUGAGCGAUGGCGAGUCGUUACCGGGACCUAAGCCCAAGGGCAGACAGCCCAAGUCCGUAACUGCGCGAAGAAAGCACAACAAGGGCGACAACGUCGAUCUCGUCGAUGAAGAAGCAUUCAAAAACUUCGACUACCGCAUCCACGAUCAGGAAGAAUAUACGCAAGAACGUUGUGAAGAGCUCGAGACUGCUUAUUGGAAAUCGCUCAUGUUCAACAACCCGUUAUACGGAGCGGAUAUGCCCGGUUCCUUGUUCGACGACAGCACUACGUCGUGGAACGUCGCCAAGUUACCCAACUUGCUGGAUGUCAUCGGACAAAAGGUUCCUGGCGUCAACACUGCCUACCUUUAUCUGGGAAUGUGGAAGGCUACUUUCGCAUGGCAUCUGGAAGACGUGGAUCUCUACAGCAUCAACUACAUUCAUUUUGGUGCUCCGAAACAAUGGUACAGUAUCUCGCAAGAGGACGCUCCUCGCUUUGAACAGGUUAUGAAGAGCAUCUGGCCCAGCGAUGCAAAAUCCUGCGACCAGUUUCUUCGCCACAAGACCUACCUUGUCUCGCCGAGUCUCUUGAAGUCCCAGUACGGUAUCACUGUGAACAAAUUGGUUCAUUACGAGGGCGAAUUCGUCAUCACCUAUCCGUACGGCUACCACUCUGGCUUCAAUUUGGGGUACAACUGUGCCGAGUCUGUCAAUUUCGCGACGGAGAAAUGGCUCGACUACGGUCGCGUGGCUAAGAAAUGCAACUGUGAAGCGGACAGUGUUUGGAUUGACGUCGACGAAAUCGAGCGGAAGCUGCGCGGGGAGGCGACACCCGAAUACUACGAUGACUUCGACAGCGACAUGGACGUGAUAGAAGGUGCUUCGGAUCUCUUGACUCCGCCCCGCAGUGUGCCUGAGAAGACGUCAACCCGCGGUCGGAAACGCAAGCAUCCUGGUGAAACGACCAAAGCGAAGCGUAUGAGAGUUAACGCCGAGAUCCCUCGAAAGGCGCCCUGCGUGCUAUGUCCGAACGACUUGGAUUAUGAAGAUCUUCUGCCGACCGAAGACGGGAAGUCUCAUGCCCACCGACGAUGUGCCCUGUACACCGAAGAGACCAGUAUCCUUCGCGACGAGUCCGGAAAGGAAGUAGUAUGUGAUAUUGAUUACAUUCCCAAGGCUCGAAUGGGCCUCAAAUGUCUCUUCUGCCGCGAGGUCCGCGGUGCCUGCUUCCAAUGCAACUUCGGAAAGUGUACACGAUCCUACCAUGCCACAUGUGCUCUACUGGCCGGCGUCCAAGUCGAACACGGCUCCAUCGCUGUGAUCGCCGACGACGGCAAUCAGUACUCUGUUCCAAGUGUCGACCUCAAGUGCAAAUACCAUCGCCAAAAGAGGCCAACUUGGAUGACCAACGACGCAGCCGACUAUGACCGCAAGGUUAAUGCGACUGCCCAGCGGCUGGUAGCAGGAGAUCUCGUGCAAUUCCAGGCAGACAAGGAGAUUAACGGUGCAGUGGUCCUGCAAAAUCGGCCCCAAGAACGAACUCUGUUGGUGAAGAUUCUUCCACGAGGAGACGUAAUUGAACUGCCAUACAGAUGGCUACUCAUUGUACGCAAGAGUAAUUUCGCGCCUCUGGCACCAGGCACAAAGCCAUUGCCAGCACAUUUAGCUCGCAAGCCCGAUGCUCGGAAGGAGUUGGAAUCGGCGGUGCCGGUGGCAGGAAAUCCUUUUGGCGACGGACGAUCGCCGUAUCAGUGGGCUGAGUUCGAGACGGUGGACGUAACUAAGCACGUCUCAGCCCCACCGCCAUUGCAUGUCGACCUAAACAAGGUCGAGCAGAUAUGGUAUUACAUGGGGCAAUCAUCGACCGAAUGUAGGGCUCAAUAUACACACAACCCUAGCGUGUCUGUCCACAACCCGCGCUCGAAUUUCCUGGACAGUGUCAAGUCUCUUGGCGGUUUGGUGACCCGACUCCCCUCUUACCCCCACCAUUUCCCUCAGUAUGCAUCUGCGUCUGCGUCUGCCGUUGCCCCUCCUCCUCGCCAGCACAACCACUUCCUUUCUCCUGCUGUUGCCGCUACCGCUGCCGCCGCCAGUGCUGCUGCUGCUGCUGCCAACCGCCCUUCCCUCCUGCAGCGACCUCCUCUUGCCCCUCCUCCUCCUGCUGCUGCCCCUCGUUCCUCCUCUUCGACUGUUGCUUCUGCUGCUGCUGCUUCUGCGAUGCCGUCGGCCUAUCGAACCUUACCAACUCAGUCCGCUCGCCAUGCUCCGUACCCGCAAGUCAUCAAAGCACAUAACAACCACCACCACCAACAACAGCAACAUCCUUUCUACCAUUCUCCGCAACCCCUCCAAUCUCAGCAGCAGCAGCAGAACAACAACAACAACACCGCCACCGCCACCACCGCCAAUGGUCUCCCCGCCAAUACCUUCGCCAAUGUUCGUGAGCUCAUCGCUCGCCGUCGCCUGGCGCAAAUCACCGACCAUGCCAAUGUCUUCGCCGGGUAUACCAUCGUCAGUCCUGAGCUGGUAGUUGAGACACUGCUGGGUCCCAUGGGCUCGGUUCCACCACCUAAUGGUCUGGAAAAGCUCGAGCUUGCCAUGGCCCAGCAGCGUGUACAGCCUAGGGCCCCUGAUGGGACCUUGCUACCAUUGCAACCGCUGAACAUGCGAUCGGAGGAAGUCACCAGACUUUUGCAGAUGCUCCGGUUCUCACUUGUCAGUCACCGCGAGCGGUUGGAUGUGUUGCAGAAGAGAGAGUCCGAGAAUAUCAAGCAGGAGGCUACCGCCAAAGGCAGCGCUGCCUCGGCCAAACUGGCCGGCAAGUAUGCUUACCUUGACCAACAGCGUGCUCAGGCUCCGACCGUCUACCAGUCUCCCUACGAUAUGCCAUCCGGGUUCACCGAGUACGCCAAGAAGACUUACGAACUUAUUCCUUGUGCGCCAGAGCUGCCCAAGCCUUCCCUGGCAAACGACUACUUUGCCAGCCUGUCGACCGAAGACCAAGAGAAGAUCCUUAAGACUUCGUUCGGCCCCCACAGCCGUCAGAAUUCGGCUUCGAACCUUCGACUUACGUCUGCGCUGGCUCAACAAACGGAGAAUCCGACUAUCGACAUUACCACGGUUGAGGAUCUGCCAUUGUCUGGUCUCGACCUACCCCUCCACGCAGACUCUCCGUGCUCCAGUUUCAGUCGGUCGCAUCUGAGGUUCCAGUCGCCCAAUGAUUUCACCAGUCACGGGCCUGAAGCUCACCACGAUCAUCAUGACCUUUUCGGUGAUCAACAGGCGAACACUCGGUUCUGGCAGCACGGCCCGUGGGCAGCGGGAGAUGGUAAUACCCCCAAUGAGGAGAAUCGACCGUUCUUCGGCCCUCACGAGCGACUUAAGCACGAUUAUGCCUCGUCUGACAUAUCGCUGGGCCGUGGUCCUGGCUCUCUACACUCGGUCGACAUGGCCGGCUUUGGCUUAGAUGGCACCGAUGACAUCUGCGCGGAGCUCAGCCCGUGA